AUGCCGCAAGCCCCAACUAUCUCGUCGAAGUCGGGUAGUGCAGUACAACCAGCUACACCAGUGGCUACUUCUCCUCGGCAUAGCGAUGCUAUGGGCGAGUUCCGCACACCGUUCUCUGGUCCUGCGUCAAACGGACAGCCUCCAAGCUUUGGGUAUCAUGGCGAUCACGAAAGUGAUCCCCACCAUGCGUCUGUCUCUAGUGGUCUUCCAGUACAGCACCCUCCCUAUCCAUACCCUCCUCCUAUAGAAACCCAGUGGCCACCAGCGAACGGAUUUUUACCUUCAUCUACCGUAGCCGAGAGCCCCUCAUGGCGCAACUCGCCUUCGACAGUAAACUCGGCAUACGGCAGUGAGUCAAACGUUUCAGGUGGUCAUACACCAGCCGCAAUGAGUACGAGCUCGACUAUGUCUUACGGUCACCAAGACUCCCACUGGGGUCAGCAACCACCAUUUCAAGCACCAACGCGCUCGAUGUCAUACGGCAACAUUGAAGGACUUCCUCAGCAAUAUUCUGGUCAAGGCCUUGGCAUCCAGCAUGAAAACUACCGACGAACUUCGCCAUAUCCAUAUCCGACUACCAUAGACACGAACCCUUCCACCAUUCACGCGACCACAGUAGGCGGAUCUACGUCGGCGCCGCUAUCUGCACCCGUCGUUCCUAAUCACUCAUAUUAUCCAGCCCCCUGGUCAUCAUACGAUGCAAUGCCGAAUCACGGUCCACCAAUGCCUUCAUCUGGACGAUCUAUGAGUGCGCAGUGGUAUGCAGAGCCGGGACACCUAGAUCGGGUACAAGAGGAGGUUACUCCACCAAUGGCAUACCACCAUCAGGGCUUACCACAGUUUUACUCUGGAGCAUAG